AUGCUUACGCCAUUUUUCACUAUCGACCAGAACGAGGAGUUUAUUUUUAUCAAUGUGAAGGUGUCGCAUAUCAGGUUUUCUGCGCUGGCGAUAGAGAUGGUUGUGGACAAUGAGUUGUUUAUUUUCUCGCUUAACCCAUACUACUUGAGGAUAAGGCUUCCGUUUCCGUUGGUGGACGAUGAGAGGGCUCAUGCUGAGUUUGACCUGAAGGAAGGGUUUGUGAGGAUCAAGGUGGCCAAGGAGAAUAAGGGCCAGGUGUUUCCAGAUUUGGAUCUUACUGCUAAGCUUCUUGCGAGGAAAGAGCCAGAACUGGCCCCACAACAGAAACCGCUUAUCGAGGACCUUGAUGUGUCGAAUGCUGACGUUUCUGAGGGAGUGGCUCAGGAGGGGGAGAAACACGAUUGGGAAAUUGAACAGACCGCCGAGACGUUGGAGGACCAGCCUUUGACGGUGCAAUAUGGGUUUAAUAACGCUUACAAUGGAGUCAUUGGCGUUUCCAUGUCGAAUGGUAAUGAUAUCAACGAAUUGGGUAACCCGGAAGCUGCCCAGGGCCCUGACCGUGUGCUUGAACGACUCAUCAAAGAGAACAUCAAGUUUGACCCAGAAUACUACGCAGCUGACUAUAUCAUGGAAAAGUACCCUUCUCCAGAUGACGAUAAGAUCUUUGCGGGUAUUUUAAAGUGGAAGCUGCCGGCAACUAAAAUGUUUGCCAAUUGGUAUUCAAAGAACCAGGCACUUCCAGCUGAAGAACGAUCUCUGACAAUGCCAGUGGUUUUUUCCAAGGAGGAGCAGGAAAAGAUGCUUCAACUUCCUCGCAAGAACUACUUGGUUGACGAUUCACAUAAGCCACAGCUUUAUGUUCUCAUUGCAUCUCUUCUUUUUGCAUACCAGUAUGAUCUACGAGAAAACGAAGGUGAGCACAACAUCGAAAGUGCAUGGACAGUGGGUAAGUUGGUCCCCCAAUUUGCAUUCCUCGAUUCCCAGAUUCAUAUCUCAAAUGAAAGCAGCAACGAUACAAUCUUGCGUGCUGCUAUAAUAGCAUCUGUUCGUCGGGCACUCUCGUACCCAUAUCAUAGAAACUAUAAACUAGCACGAGCAGCUUGGAACGACGCAUACUACACACUUAGAGGAGGCAAGAGAAUGGUGCUCAAGUGUUUACUUGAUUUGAAGGAGCUUUUCCGCUAUCAUGACGUUUACUAUGUAUAUGACAAGAUUUGGCUCGAGGACCUUUGCCUGUGGUUCAUUGGUGACCAAGUUAGCGAGAACUUAAUCAGAACUUUGGCACACGAUUUGAAAAAAGAAGUUGAUGCGUUGCAAAAAUCGGAUAUCACUUUUGAAAAGGUGGAUGACACACAAGAUGGCGAUGAAAUGAUCGCCCUUGAUAUUGGAGAAGUAGAAAUUAUGGCUGAGGAGUCGUUUGCAGCGGCAAACAGCGCUUGA